AAGCAGGCGCUUGUAAUUGUCAAACAUUCAUUUUAAUAAAAGAAAGUUUCAAAUUUAGUUAACGCUGCUUUCAAAAAAUACUAUAAACCUACAACAUAUUAUCUACUAAUACACAAUGAAAAUAAACCAUCAUGAUGAGGAGCCCCAUUUAACACCACAACUUAAGGACCACUAUGAAAAUGAAGCUGAAAUUUUAUCUUUACUUGUGAACCUAGAGAAACGAUAUCGAGACUACUUUGAAUACUAUCAAUGUGAAAUCAAGGCACAGAGAAUACUUAUUGAGAGAUUGUGGCUACUGACCCAGAGAUAUUUAAUACUAAUUAGCGCAGUUCCGUGUUGUCGAUAUCCCGAAGUAUAUACGCUCUCCGCCGAGGAAACUAUUGUCAAUGAAUAUGAGGAGAAACUAGAAGUGAUACGCAAAUCAAACAAGGAUAUGAAAUACAGAGUUCUCGAAUUGGACAAAUAUUGCAAGCAAUUCUAUAAGGCCUACGACAAGUUGGAUAAGACCAUGGAAACACCAUUUAUAAUGGGCGAUCAGCAUCAUCGUUCGAUUCGAACUCAUAAAAUAAUGGUUGCCGAUAUUUUUAAUUAUUUUCAUGCUGCAGUAUUGAAACUGAAGUGCUUUAUGCAUCAGUUGGAUCCCGUGAAUUUGGAAAGUGUUGAAGAUUAUCGUGAAGUAUUGAAAACUGAAGGAAAUGCCACAGAAGUCGAUGAGUAUCUGAAGACACAAUUUGUCUACUGUCAUUGCUUGCAUCCAAAACCAAAAUGUCCUUUGGUUGAAGUUAAGUGCGAUUAUCAUAAAAUUGAAAAUUUGAAGUUUGUUAGUCGAGUCUAAAUAAUAAACUGAAGCUGAAAUUGCA